AUGGCGGACCUAAAUACUUCAACACCAGCAGAGGCCCCCUGGUAUGCAGCUUAUCCGCCUCCGCGAACCACUGCCGCAUCGCUGUCCCGGGAAAAACUGUUGCAAUGGUUGCAGAGCAAGAAGCAGCCCGGCCGAGAUUUCAUUCUAGUCGAUCUACGCCGAACAGACUUUGAGGGCGGGACCAUCCAAGGAUCCCUGAAUCUCCCGGCACAGAGUCUGUACGUGAUUCUGCCGACCUUCUACGCUCUGGCCUCCAAAGCUCAGGUGAAGGACGUUGUGUGGUACUGCGGCUCCUCUCAGGGGCGGGGAACACGUGCAGCUGGCUGGUUUGCAGAUUACCUAGAAGAUCGAGGCGAUUUCUCUAUUAGAAGUUGGUUCCUGGAUGGGGGUGUCAAGGGAUGGGCCGCUGCUGGUGAGGAAUACACAGAGCAUAUGGAUGGAUAUGAUGCUUCAGUCUGGGCAAAAUAG